CUGUCUCAUUGGACAUCGGUCGCUCGCCUAUCCAGCGGUACGUUUCAGCAGCGCGGUCUCACUCGGGGCGGGGGCGGGUUGUUUUCCUCUUCGGGGUAUGUAUUUCAAGUUCGAACCCUCGAAGACGAUUGGCUGAGCACGCGGCCGCAUCAUGACGUGCUUGCAGUGUUUGCAGUCCGUGUCCAAACUGCGAACUGCGAACUGAAACACGCACGACGACCGAACAGAGAUUUCGUGACGUACUUCAAAAACACGUCAUGGUGGUGGACACAUACGUGCUUCCAGGCGUGUCACAAGUCCCUUCUUGCUCAUCACUCAUCACACCACAAUCUCGCCGCAUCCUUACCCACCCCCACGCCUGUCCCUCAUCCUCCCACAACCACAACACGCCCUCAAUCCCACCUUCAUCAACCAAUCUCCUAACGCGCACUCCACCAACUAAUCAAGAUGGUCGCCUCCCAGAUGUUCAUCGGCACUGCCGCCACCCUCAUCGCCUCCUCGACUGCCUUCGUCGCACCGAUGGCCGUGCGAUCUGUUACCACCACUCCUUCCUCCCCGGGCCUCAAGAUGAGCGCCGGUUCGGACUACGUCGCAACCCUGCCCGGAGCUCCCUUCUCUGACGGAAAGAUCUUCGACCCCCUGGGCCUAUCCGACGGCGCCGCCCCCGGCGACAUCAAGAAGUGGCGCGAGGCCGAGAUCAAGCACGGGCGUGUGGCCAUGCUUGCGUCUCUCGGUGUCAUUGUCGCAGAGUUCUGGGCGUUCUCCCUCCUGGGCAUGGCCUUCAUCGAGUACAACACCAUCAUGACCGCCUUCGACACUCCCAGCGCUGUCACCGGCGAAGGCGGCCUGAAGGAGGACUACAUGCCGGGAGACCUCGGCUUCGACCCCCUCAACCUCAAGCCCGACGACGAGGCGGCUCUGGACGUGAUGAAGACCAAGGAGCUGAACAACGGCCGUUUGGCCAUGAUCGGCAUCGCCGGCAUGUUGGCGCAGGAGCUGGUCAACCCGGCGGACAUCCUCGGCUAGAUUGUAUUACUUUUGUCGGUUGGGAUUGUCUGGGUGUAUGAAUCAAGUGUGUUGGUGUGCUAUUGUGAGUGUUUAAUGCAUCGGCCUGGUCCGAGAGCAUGGAAGGCACACGACACCUAUUUUACGGCCUUGUCUCGCGAUGGUAGAUGCUGGUGUGUUUGGCGUUUCGUCGAUGCUUACGUUUCCGGCCCCAAGUUCAUUCUGUACCGGUUUAGUGCUGAGUGUCGACGGUUGGACUUGUCGACUCUCACGGUUUCUUUCACCACCGCUUGGAAUGUGGCCGAAUGGAGAAAUCUGUAUCGCUCUUGCCAUGUGCGGUGGCGACAGGUUUUGCCCGAGCUGUCUUUUGCUUUGGACGAGCCUCGCGAGUCGGCUGUUCGUGGUUUACAAUCUCUAAUCAAUUCUAGUGUCCGAGACGGACUGCUACCUACACCCACGACACCUCUCUUGUCGAUAUUUGGAAGGUCGAGCAUGAGACGUGAUGAAAAGAUAAGAUGCGUUGUGUGUCUGUUCGAGCCUCCCAAAUCUCGCGUUUGCGAGUUUGACGUUUGUGGUAACAAGAGAAUGGCAGGACGUUCAUGGAUGUAGCCAAUUUUUCGUACAUGCUUGCCUCCUCUUGGUUU